ACUACAAUCUCUUGAGAAAACAUUGCAAGAAGCACGAUCAGCCAUCCCUCUUCUUCGUCGUUAACAAACCCAGUAUAUACUGAGGAAGGACAUGAACCCCAGUUCUAAGAGGCAAAUGCCAAAUAAUCAAAGAAUUCAAUUUCUUGUUCUGCUUUUAUUUUCCAGCUUUGUUAUCCUAACAACCUCCCAACAUGAUCAACUCAAGUGCAAACAAAAACAUGCUGCCAUGUUUGUGUUUGGAGAUUCACUCUUUGAUCCUGGAAACAAUAACUUCCUAAAUAUCAGCGCUACCCAAGGCAAGGCAAACUAUCCACCCUACGGGGAGACCUUUUUCCACUAUCCUACAGGAAGAUUUAGCGACGGCCGCUUAAUCCCUGAUUUCUUCGCCUCGUUUGCAGGUUUACCAUUAUGGAGACCUUAUUUAGAUCCUGCUAAUCAUAAUUUUGUUGUUGGAGCAAACUUCGCCAGUGCUGGAGCUUGUGUGCUUGUAGAAAAUAACCCUAAUACGCUCAACCUACAAAUACAACUAGGCUUCUUCAAGGAGGUGGUAAAUUUGUUGACACAGCAGUUGGGUGAUACAGACACCAAGAAGCUGUUAAGGGAAGCCACCUACAUUUCUAGCAUAGGGGGUGUGGAUUACAUGAUAUUUGUCAAUUCUUCCUCUAAUAUUACUGAACCAGCGAUGCAAGAGUAUGUUAAUAUUGUGAUUGGCAAUAUAACAGAAGCAACAAAGGAAAUAUAUGAACUAGGUGGAAGGAAAUUUGCGUUUCAAAAUGUUGGACCUUUAGGUUGUUAUCCACAUAUGAAAGCGGAGUUUAACUCCACCGGUGAAUGUGUCCAAUUUCUCCAAAUUCUAGCAACCAUGCACAACAAUGCUCUAGCAAAAGUUGCUGAGGAAUUAGAAAUCAAUCUAUCUGGAUUUAAGUAUUUAAUGUUUGAUUUCUUCACUUCACUCAUGGAUAGAGCUAAUAACCCCACAAAACACGGUUUCAAGGUGGGUGACAAUGCAUGUUGUGGGGGUGGAGUAUACCACGCUCAAAAUGGUUGUGGAUUCUUAACAGAAGAAUACGAACUUUGCAGUGACCCUAAUGAAUUUGUGUUUUGGGAUGCUUAUCAUCCUACUGAACACUGCUACUCUCAAUUAGUUGAGUUGUUGUGGAAUGGAACAGGAAAUGUUACUUGGCCUCUUAACAUGAAGCAACUAUACGAUCUGGAUAUUGACACCGAAGUUUCUUCUCAAAACAUUGAUCUUUUAGAUGAUGCAUAAAUUUAAAAAAAUGUUUGGUUUAUGCUCGGUUCAAUAUAUUUUCUGAUACUUG